UGCGGCGCCAGUUCUGGUCGAUCGGGUCACUAAGGUUAAACAUACCACUCCUUGUCCCUGCUCAACCCUUUCCUCGUUGAAUCCAAUUGAUUGCCAGAUAUUCUGCCCUUUCUGAGACGCUCCAUCACACAAACUUCUCAACCCCCUGGUCGUCUAGGUCAAUCCCCUGCAAUUGUCCGCUAGGCCGCAUCCAUGUCUGGAAUUGGCGGUACUUAUCGUGGUACGCCAAACAGGCGCGGUCAAAUCCCUUUCACAGACAGUCCCUCGAGCAUUCCUCGACCAAAACUAGAGUCGACGGCCAGUACUGCACCUAGUGAGAUGUCUACAACUUCGACAAUGUCUGCCAGCAGGCAGAAGCAAAGCAAGAGAGAUGAGGCUAUCCGACGCAAGAUGGAAGCCGACCUCAGUAAGAAGAAGCAUGUUCCUUCCCGCGCUCGACAUACUCGGAAAGCACCUCCUGGCACGGUGUUGGCGUUGAAACCCAGCCAGGCGCUCCAAAUCAAGCCCAGCACCACAGUGGCAGAGGCCGCACAGCUGAUGGCUGCAAAGAGAGAGGACUGUGUGUUGGUUACCGAUGAUGAUGACAGGAUCGCAGGUAUCUUUACUGCGAAGGAUCUAGCGUUCCGUGUUGUCGGGGCGGGAAUUAAAGCCAAUCAGGUCACCAUUGAACAGAUCAUGACAAAGAACCCUCUGUGUGCAAGGACUGAUACCAGCGCAACUGACGCGUUGGAUUUAAUGGUCAGAAAGGGGUUCAGGCAUCUUCCUGUCAUGGACGAAAACCAGGAUAUUUCCGGUAUCCUCGACAUCACGAAAUGCUUCUACGAGGCCAUGGAAAAAUUGGAGCGGGCCUACAGUUCCUCACGCAAGCUGUAUGAUGCUCUGGAGGGCGUACAGUCUGAACUUGGCUCAAGCCAGCCUCAGCAAAUCAUUCAAUAUGUCGAGGCCUUGAGACAAAAAAUGUCUGGACCGACCUUGGAGUCCGUUUUGAAUGGACUUCCUCCAACCACUGUCUCCGUCAGGACUUCGGUCAAGGAGGCAGCUCAACUUAUGAAGGAGAAUCAUACCACAGCAGUAUUGGUGCAAGAUCAAGGCUCAAUCACUGGUAUCUUUACAAGCAAGGAUGUUGUUCUGCGCGUUAUCGCACCAGGUCUCGAUCCGUCGACUUGCAGUGUGGUUAGAGUGAUGACACCACACCCUGACUUUGCACCCACGGACAUGAGUAUCCAAGCAGCGCUGCGAAAGAUGCAUGAUGGACAUUAUCUGAACUUGCCGGUCAUGAACGAAACUGGCGAAAUUGUCGGUAUGGUAGAUGUUCUCAAACUGACUUAUGCAACCCUUGAACAAAUCAACACAAUGAACACUGGCGAGUCGGAAGGCCCAGCUUGGAAUAAAUUCUGGUUAUCCAUGGACAAUGACACCGAAUCCAUGGUCUCUGGGGAAGGGAGUCACCGUCCCACAACACCUGGACACCGUUCCGUGAUGGAAUCUGAAAUGACCCGCCCGGGAAUGGAGAGGGGUGAUAGUGUCCUGCCACAGGAUUCAGCAUCCCAUCGUGGAGACGACGCCCAAUCGGAAGUUCUACCAUCCAUUGAGGCUCCUGAAGACACGCCCUUCCCUUUCAAAUUCAAGGCUCCCAGUGGUCGAGUCCACCGGAUACAGCUUGUUCCAAGAAAUGGUAUUGCCGAACUUGUCAGUCUUGUCACCUCUAAGCUUGGUGGCGAGAUUGAUGCUGUUGGAGGAGAAGCGACAGUUGAAGACGGAAAGCUGGGCAAGACGGGCUAUGCAUUAAGCUAUCUGGAUGACGAAGGCGACACCGUUUCCAUCACUACCGACCAGGAUCUGAUUGAUGCGGUUCUCCUUGCGCGACAAGGCAAACGAGACAAGGUGGACCUAUUUGUCCAUGACCCAUCACAACCACCUAUUGUUGCCACGAUCGAUCCCAGGCCGCAGCUAUCCAAGCCUCCUACGCCCCCCGAGUCGGUUCUGAAGGAGGUGCCGCCGGUCGAGGGUGCCGACAGUGAAGAAGAGGAAGAAAUUCCGAAGGCCAAAACGCUUCGCAUGAGACGUUCUCCUGUCGUGCCGACACAAAUAAAAGAGGAGCAACCACAACUUAUCCAGGGCAUCCCGAACGAUCUCCUCCUACCAGGUGCAAUUGUGACACUUGCAGUGGUCAUUGUUGGUGUCUUUGCUAUUGGUCGUGCUUCGUCCAAGUAAUGGUGCCUUCGCAGACAGGGGCUGAUGAAUUUGUCUUAAUGAUUAAUUUGACCUUCUCCACUUACAGCUUUUAGUUUUGACUGAACAAAGAUAUUCAAAUUGAUUUUGGUGCAGUCUUUGCAAAUAGGUAUUCGUUGAUAUGUUCAAGUGUCUUUGCGCAGCUUCCUCUAGUCAGGUAUCUUCGACUACUAGUAAUCCAGUCAUCUCACACGUGGUG